AAUUACAAAUCUGAGUUCUGUAUGCAGUAGGGAACCCUAGAUCUAACCCUAGCCGUCAGAUUAGAUCAAUGGGGAGAUGUCUUCUGGACCGUUGGAAUCUUAGGAAGCAGCAAUGGUGGAGGUAGAAGAGUCGCAUUCGUGGGCUGUAUAUUUUGUUAUCUCGGUGGUGGUGGUGGUAAUGUGUGAUUUGGUCGCGCGUACGGGUCGGCUCCAGCAACGGUACAAGGAUGGCUCGCGUCUCGUAGCUGGGUGUAUUCCUUUUAGGUAUAUAAACUCUGACGAAAAUGAUAGUUCCGGAUCUGGGAAAGUAGUUCAAGUGUUGAUGAUCAGCUCAUCUAGUGGACCGGGACUUUUGUUUCCCAAGGGAGGAUGGGAGAAUGAUGAAACAGUCAAAGAAGCUGCAGUACGGGAAGCUGUGGAAGAAGCAGGAGUCCGUGGGAUUCUUAUGGACUUUUUGGGAGAUUAUGAGUUCAAAAGCAAAACGCACCAAGACGAGUGUAGCCCAGAAGGUUUAUGUAAAGCUGCAAUGUACGCCUUGUAUGUGAAGGAAGAGCUGGAGACUUGGCCGGAACAGAAGACGAGAACGAGGACAUGGCUGACCAUUGGAGAGGCUGUAGAGAAUUGCAGGCACGCUUGGAUGAAGGAUGCCUUGGUUGAUGGGUUCUGUAAAUGGCAUAAGGAGAAGAUGUGCAAAGGAGAUGAAGAUUGAAGUUUAUGUGUGCAUAAAAACUCUGAACUUGGAGAAUCUUGCGACUGCGAAACAUAGGAGUUUCAAUUGUUUUCUCUUUCACAGUUGUCUUCAUUAUUUUCAAUAAUUCUGAAAAGAAAGACAGCUCAUAACAAUCGUGUUUAGCCUAAUUCAUAAUUAAGAUGUUCUAAUAUGACUAUUAUCUGC